UUCAGAUUUUUCCAGCAGUUUCUCUAUCGCAAGUCGGACGCAGGACAGUUCAGGGGCAAAUUCACUGUUGGUGUCACAGUAAUGGGGACAAACCAAGUGAUCUUGUUGAUCUGUUUGACUGUCGCUUAUGUCUCUGGCACGCAGUAUCCAUACUACGAUUACACAAGAUGGCCGGACCACUUGACUGUGCCAGACGAGUCGCCUGACGGAGUCGACAUUUUUGAUUUCGGUAGCAUAAAAUCAGAAGAGGAAUGUGCGUUGCAGUGUAGCGGGGAGCCGGGUUGUAUGGCCUAUACGUUCAUAAAGAAGAUACCUGUUCCACCAACUACUCCCACAACAACGACGACCACGCCCACGACGACGACCACGCCUACCACUACUACCACGCCCACGACGACGACGACCACGCCCACCACCACUACCACUACGCCUACCACUACUACCAGCACCACACCACCGCCAAAAACACCACCGCCAAAAACAACACCGCCGCCAACACUACCACCAACACCGCCGCCAACAUCACCGCCAGGACUACCUGACCUCGGUGGAGACGAGGGUGAUUUGAGACGUCGCAAAAGGAACAUCGAUGAUCACCUCCAUUUACAUCGACAAAAGCGUGAUGGUCAUAAGGGGAGGAAACCACAAUUUUCCUGUGUCGGUAGAAGUAACAGAGGGGCGAUAAUGGAGGAUAAAUAUCGCACUAAGGAACCUGGUUAUUUGAGUGUUGAAUACCACAGCGGAGUAAAAGGAGACAAAAAUGGAGCGAUUGUUGUCACCGAAAACACUGAAUGUCCAAACGGCUGGGUUCCCACACAAUGUGACUGCAUCAACAGAGACACACCAUUUGCCUGUGUGCCGAGGUUGUACCGUGAUAACGACGGCAAUACAGGGAAACUGAAGUGCGUAGCUGAACCUACGGUUGAUGGGGCGGUUAGUGAUGAUGUGAUUUCUGUGCUCACUUGUGUGGACCCCACAGUUGCUGAGAUAAGCUACAACGAAGUAACACCUGACCCAGAUGCUUCUACCCCCGACUCCCUUCGACCAGUGGUCACGUGUCCUGAUGGCAUGGUGGCUCCGGAGAUGAUAGGGUGUACCAUAUUUACCAAUGAUACUGAUCCUUCUGUUGGUGCUCCAAGACCUCUGUUUGAUGUUGACGUCGGAACUUGCACCCCAGAUAGGAACGUCACCGCAACCUCUGGAACAGACGUAGAAAUAGUUGUCACUUGUAGAGAAAAUGUUUUCCCGUGGGGAAAGUGGUCGGAUUGUGACGAAAAUAACCGAAGAACUCGUAGAAGAUUCUAUAGUGCUGGUAGCUGCGCUGGUAGAGGCGUUCUUGACACACAGGAAGAAACUGGUCUUUGCAAUCUGGGACCUGUGGGCGACAGCGACAUCGUUUUCGUCAUCGAUGGAUCUGAAGGCGUCGGGCAAUCCAAUUUCCGUCGGGAACUGGAGUUUGUGAAGCGAAUCAUGCAAGCUUUUACUGUCGGAGAAAACCACACUAGAUUUGGUGUAAUCCAAGUUUCCGGAAAAUCCAAGAUCGAAAUUUAUUUGAACGACACAUUUGACAUCAACAGGCUGAUGCAGUUGGUGGAUGGAUUGAGUUACAUGGGAGGAGAUAGAGAUACACAUAAUGCCCUAGUGAUGCUUAACGACACCAUCUACAACGAAGAUGAAGGUGGUCGCCCAUGGACUCCAAACCUUGCAGUCUACAUCAGUUUUGGCAAGUCGACGAACCCUAAAAGAACCAUCUCUGAGGCAAAUGGGACUCACGAUGCCGGCAUUCUGUGGGCUAAAGGAAUCGGCGUUGGACCAGCUUUUGAUGCCCCGGAUGCGGUAGAGGAAGUGGAGGGCAUUGUUUUGCCACCAAAUGACGUCUACGUGGACAUUGCCGACCUGAACCUUGCUUUGGUCGAGUGUGUUGCGGGCAAUUUGACCAAAUUAGGCGACCCCGAUAGCGAACCCGGUCUGCCCUAUACAGAGUGGACUCCAUGGUCUAAUUGUUCUGUGCCCUGUGGAGGUGGCGUACAACGGAGAACUCGCCGAUGUUUGAAUCCGCAGAAGUGCUCCAAUGGUGUAGGAACUGUAGAGACGAGACCCUGCAAUGGCCACUGUUGCUAUGCUACUAGGCAUCACGUUCACUUCGACUGCUCUAAGCCCGGAACACUUUUCAUCUCCUGUCACAACGACUUUGACAGUCUCUUAAGGAUUCACAGAGUAGUCAACUGCUACAAUGAUACACAUUGUGAAGAUUUUAACGGCAUCAGGUCUUCUCUGAAAAAUAAAUGUGACAAUGAAGACGAAUGUGCUACUAUCUAUCCAUGUGGACUGAACAACCCCCCUUCGGUCGUUCUAAAUGUUCUUUACGAGUGCUGUUAUAACCCGUUUGUUGUGGGCCACACUCAUCCUCACAACCACGGCCCUGAGGGAGACCAUCACGGACCUGAUAAUGGCGCUCACGGACCACACCGCAGCCCACAUCGUAGUCCUCACCGUAGUCCACACCGUAGUCCACACCGUAGUCCACACACUCACCUCCACUUCCACAGCCCUGGAUCUCCAAAUGCUCCUCUACCAAACACUGCCGGCGGAUGGGAAUCUCACUUGCACGAAACCCCUGAUGCUUUGACUCCACGAUCGCCACAUUCUCACCGUUCACGCCAUUCUCACCAUUCUCAUCAUUCUCACCACUCUCACGGCCACGCCCCUUCCCCUGCUCACCGCACUAAAGGCGGGAAACACACAAAGCCAAAACGCCGCCGUUACUAAGAUCAAUAAGAAACGAACUGAGUUCGACAGAAUGGCCGUCAUGUUUCGAGACACAUACUUGUAACAUAUAGCACAUUCCUACUACCGUAUUUUUAACCUCUUUGUCGUUUCUACUUUUAAUACAUGUUUUUAACAGUUUAUUUUAUUCUAACGUAUGCAGAAGUUGAUUUUUGUACCCAGAUAGUUUUGUGAAUUUUUGGACAGUAUUUGAGUUUUAACAUAUUUUAUUAUUGUUCAUUCAUUUCUUGUAUUAAAUAUAUUGGGAGAAUGG